AUGGGACGUGGGGAAGGAAUGGAAAAAUGCGACACCUACUCCGUACAAGACCUCAUGGAGACCACCUCGCCAAACUCCAACGACAGCACGGCCAUGUCAACACAAAGCAACAGUAACAGUCCCGUUAUUACCAGCAGUAACAGUCCCGUUAUUACCAGCAGUAACAGUCCCGGUAUUACCAGCAGUAACAGUCCCGGUAUUACCAGCAGUAACAGUCCCGGUAUUACCAGCAGUAACAGUCCCGGUAUUACCAGCAGUAACAGUCCCGGUAUUACCAGCAGUAACAGUCCCGGUAUUACCAGCAGUAACAGUCCCGGUAUUACCAGCAGUAACAGUCCCGGUAUUACCAGCAGUAACAGUCCCGGUAUUACCAGCAGUAACAGUCCCGGUAUUACCAGCAGUAACAGUCCCGGUAUUACCAGCAGUAACAGUCCCGGUAUUACCAGGAGUAACAGUCCCGGUAUUACCAGCAGUAACAGUCCCGGUAUUACCAGCAGUAACAGUCCCGGUAUUACCAGCAGUAACAGUCCCGGUAUUACCAGCAGUAACAGUCCCGGUAUUACCAGCAGUAACAGUCCCGGUAUUACCAGCAGUAACAGUCCCGGUAUUACCAGCAGUAACAGUCCCGGUAUUACCAGCAGUAACAGUCCCGGUAUUACCAGCAGUAACAGUCCCGGUAUUACCAGGAGUAACAGUCCCGGUAUUACCAGCAGUAACAGUCCCGGUAUUACCAGCAGUAACAGUCCCGGUAUUACCAGCAGUAACAGUCCCGGUAUUACCAGCAGUAACAGUCCCGGUAUUACCAGCAGUAACAGUCCCGGUAUUACCAGCAGUAACAGUCCCGGUAUUACCAGCAGUAACAGUCCCGGUAUUACCAGCAGUAACAGUCCCGGUAUUACCAGCAGUAACAGUCCCGGUAUUACCAGCAGUAACAGUCCCGGUAUUACCAGCAGUAACAGUCCCGGUAUUACCAGCAGUAACAGUCCCGGUAUUACCAGCAGUAACAGUCCCGGUAUUACCAGCAGUAACAGUCCCGGUAUUACCAGCAGUAACAGUCCCGGUAUUACCAGCAGUAAUAGUCCCGGUAUUACCAGCAGUAACAGUCCCGGUAUUACCAGCAGUAACAGUCCCGGUAUUACCAGCAGUAACAGUCCCGGUAUUACCAGCAGUAACAGUCCCGGUAUUACCAGCAGUAACAGUCCCGGUAUUACCAGCAGUAACAGUCCCGGUAUUACCAGCAGCAGUAAUAGUCCCGGUAUUAGCAGCAGCAGUAAUAGUACCGGUAUUAGCAGCAGUAAUAGUACCGGUAUUAGCAGCAGUAAUAGUACCGGUAUUAGCAGCAGUAAUAGUCCCGGUAUUAGCAGCAGUAAUAGUCCCGGUAUUAGCAGCAGUAAUAGUCCCGGUAUUAGCAGCAGUAAUAGUCCCGAACCCAUUACACGUCAAGCAGAACCCAUUACACGUCAAGCAGAACCCAUUACUCAUCAAGCAGAACCCAUUACACGUCAAGCAGAACACAUUACUCAUCAAGCAGAACACAUUACUCAUCAAGCAGAACACUUACACAUCAAGCAGAACACAUUACUCAUCAAGCAGAACACCAUUACUCAUCAAGCAGAACACCAUUACUCAUCAAGCAGAACACCAUUACUCAUCAAGCAGAACACCAUUACUCAUCAAGCAGAACACCAUUACUCAUCAAGCAGAACACCAUUACUCAUCAAGCAGAACACCAUUACCCAUCAAGCAGAACACCAUUACCCAUCAAGCAGAACACCAUUACUCAUCAAGCAGAACACCAUUACUCAUCAAGCAGAACACCAUUACUCAUCAAGCAGAACACCAUUACUCAUCAAGCAGAACACCAUUACUCAUCAAGCAGAACACCAUUACUCAUCAAGCAGAACACCAUUACUCAUCAAGCAGAACACCAUUACUCAUCAAACAGAACACCAUUACUCAUCAAACAGAACACCAUUACUCAUCAAGCAGAACACCAUUACUCAAACAGAACACCAUUACUCAUCAAGCAGAACACCAUUACUCAUCAAACAGAACACCAUUACUCAUCAAACAGAACACCAUUACUCAUCAAGCAGAACACCAUUACUCAUCAAACAGAACACCAUUACUCAUCAAACAGAACACCAUUACUCAUCAAACAGAACACCAUUACUCAUCAAACAGAACACCAUUACCCAUCAAACAGAACACCAUUACUCAUCAAACAGAACACCAUUACUCAUCAAACAGAACACCAUUACUCAUCAAGCAGAACAACAUUACCCAUCAAACAGAACACAUUACACAUCAAGCAUAACACCAUUACUCAUCAAGCAGAACACAUUACACAUCAAACAGAACACAUUACACAUCAAACAGAACACCAUUACUCAUCAAACAGAACACCAUUACACAUCAAGCAGAACACCAUUACCCAUCAAACAGAACACAUUACACAUCAAACAGAACACCAUUACUCAAACAGAACACCAUUACCCAUCAAGCAUAACACCAUUACCCAUCAAACAGAACACCAUUACUCAUCAAACAGAACACCAUUACCCAUCAAACAGAACACAUUACACAUCAAGCAAAGCUAAUUACAUAUAA